UGAGAGUGGCUGACAGAGCGGUUAGCAUUAAAACUAUCCUAAAACCUGAACCUGCUUUUUUGUUUUGAGGGAGGGAAUGCACCUCUGGACAAAAACAUGAAAGUAGGUAAAUGACCAAUGGGUCGGAGUCUCUGUGUAAAAUCCAGUCCUGUUUACUUAAAGACUUUAGUCCAGUCCACACAGAGGUCCUUUCUCAAAGCUGUCCUGAUUCGGCGCCCUGCUUCACACACAAGGUUGAUGGUGCAACUCUGCUGACUGGAAGGUCAAAAUCUCUGUUUUGUCCCUCAUUCUGCAUCCAGUCAGGCUUGCAGUUUGCUUGCAGUGACACUGAGAUGCCACCAUUCAAGCACGCUGUCUUGCUUCUGCUGCUGCUGGAGUUCCUGAUUUCGGUAGCCGGCGAUCAGCCUCAGCCUCUAACCUGCCCACUCUAUGCUGGCGUCCCGGGGACGCCGGGACAUAACGGCCUGCCCGGCAGAGACGGGAAAGACGGAAAGGAUGGGCCUGUUGGACCCAAAGGACAGAAAGGAGAGACAGGUUCCUCAGUGAUCGGACCACCUGGAAAGAAAGGUCCAGCAGGUGAUGUCGGCCCACAGGGGGUAAAAGGAGUGAAAGGUGACCAAGGUGUAGGAGUCCGGGGACCUACUGGAGUGGCGGGCCCACCUGGGCCUAAAGGGCAAAAGGGAGAAACUGGGUCAACAGCAAAUGUGAACGAAGCUGCCGUGGUCAAGACUUUGCUCUCGGACGUCCAGAAGCUUCAGUCCCGGAUUGCCACUCUGGAGACGGUUUUAAGUUUCCAUGCCUUCAGAAAGGUUGGUCAGAAAUAUUACGUCAGCAGCGGCUUGGUGACCACAUUCGAGGCCGGACAGAGCCACUGCAGAGGGGUCAAAGGAGAACUCGCUCUGCCGAGGAAUAACCAGGAAAACCAGGCUGUUUAUCAAGUGCUCAAGCAGGCCUCCCAGCAUCAGACCGCCUAUCUCGGGGCACGGGACAGCAAGGCUGGGGGACACUAUGUGGACAUGAAAGGUCAGAAGAUCACUUACACCAAAUGGCACCCUGGCCAGCCGAACGGUGGAGACGAAGACUGCCUCUGUAUGGGGCCCAGCGAUCAAUGGCAUGAUUACAUGUGUAACACCAAUCACGUCAUUAUCUGUGAGAUACAGUAAAACACUGAAGUGCUGAUAAACAAGGUCAUCGAGUUCGAUACAAGAGGCUGGAUUUUAGAUUAAAAAAUCAAAUAUUUACCAUAUUAAAUUUUUUUCUGACAGUGUGAUUCAUUCUGAAUGAAUGUUCAUGCAUUUAUGCGUCUGAUUUGAACUGGUGGGCGGCUUUAUUUCAGGUUUUAGGUGCACUAAUUGACACCCAGCCUUCAAAAACAACACCUGAGGACCAAAAACGCACCAUUUCUCAGUUCAUCAGCAGAAUAUUAGCAGCUCCUUAAAUAUAAACACCUUAAUAAGCAUCCAAAAGGGGUCAUCGUAGACCUUUCUCUCUUUCUGUUCUCAUUUUUCUUUUUAUUUCUCAUUCCAGAUUAGCAGUCUGGACUCAUUAUGGUUUUAAAAUGAUGCAAUUUCAUAAAUUUUGACACAAUUCUGUAAAAAAUUACAUUUCUUUACAUUCUGAAUUGGCAGGUUCGGGUCUGCACUGCAUUUCUGUAGAUCUUUUUGAUGUAUCGGAGUCUUCUUUAUGAUGUAGCACCCUGCCAACUCUUUUUUUGAAAAGCAUGUCAGAAUAAAAGUCCUUUGAUGUCA